GGAGGAGCCGCGAGGAGGCUGAGAGACGAGAAACUGCCCCCUUUCCUUUUCCUUCUCCUUUUUCCCUUUCCCCUCCUCCCUAGCCUCACUCGGGAGUUGUUUUCCUCCGGCCGGUCGCCCUGGGCUGUUGGAGGGGUCUGGAGCAAGUGCCAGGAAGGAUGCUGCUGCAAAGAGAACGUGGAAGGCCCCCCAGGCAGCCUGGCCUCUUCCGGGGGAAAUGCUGGAGGGCUGUUGGCCUGCUGCGGUGCUGCUGAACAGUAUGCAGUCCUUCCGGGAGCAAAGCAGUUACCACGGAAACCAGCAGAGCUACCCACAGGAGGUACACGGCUCAUCCCGGAUAGAAGAGUUCAGCCCUCGCCAGGCCCAGAUGUUCCAGAAUUUUGGGGGUGCAGGUGGCAGUAGUGGUGGCAGUGGCAGCAGCAGUGGUGGUGGACGACGAGGAACAGCGGCUGCUGCUGCAGCAGCGGCAAUGGCUAGCGAAACCUCCGGCCAUCAGGGCUACCAGGGUUUCAGGAAAGAGGCUGGAGACUUUUACUACAUGGCAGGCAGCAAAGACCCCGUGGCAGCCGGAACCCCGCAGCCUGCUCAGCGAAGGCCUUCUGGGCCUGUGCAGAGCUAUGGACCCCCCCAGGGGAGCAGCUUUGGCAAUCAGUAUGGGAGUGAGGGUCAUGUGGGCCAGUUUCAAGCACAGCACUCUGCCCUUGGUGGCGUGUCUCAUUAUCAGCAGGAUUACACGGGACCUUUCUCUCCAGGGAGCGCUCAGUACCAGCAGCAGCCUUCCAGCCAACAGCAGCAGCAAGUGCAGCAGUUGAGACAGCAGCUUUACCAGUCCCAUCAGCCUCUGCCGCAGGCCACUGGCCAGCCAGCGUCCGGCUCAUCCCACAUGCAGCCGAUGCAGCGGCCCUCAACUCUGCCAGCCUCUGCCACUGGUUACCAGUUAAGAGUGGGUCAGUUUGGCCAACACUACCAGUCUUCUGCCACGACCUCCUCCUCCUUCCCUUCACCACAACGCUUCAGCCAGUCUGGACAGAGCUAUGACGGCAGUUACAGUGUGAAUGCUGGAUCCCAGUACGAAGGACAUAAUGUGGGUUCUAAUGCACAGGCUUACGGAACACAAUCGAAUUACAGCUAUCAGCCUCAAUCUAUGAAGAAUUUUGAACAGACGAAGAUUCCACAAGGGGCCCAGCAGGGGCAGCAGCAGCAGCAGCAGCAGCAGCAGCAACAGCAACAGCAGCAGCAGCAGCAGCAGCAGCAGCAGCAUCCGCAGCAUGUGAUGCAGUAUACCAACACUGCCACCAAGCUGCCGCUGCAAAGCCAGGUGGGGCAGUACAGCCAGCCCGAGGUUCCUGUGAGGUCCCCCAUGCAGUUUCACCAGAACUUCAGCCCCAUUUCUAACCCUUCCCCGGCUGCUUCUGUGGUUCAGUCUCCAAGCUGUAGCUCUACCCCAUCUCCUCUUAUGCAGAGUGGGGAGAAUCUCCAGUGUGGGCAAGGCAAUGUGCCGAUGGGUUCCAGAAACAGAAUUCUACAGUUAAUGCCUCAACUCAGCCCAACCCCAUCAAUGAUGCCCAGUCCUAAUUCUCAUGCUGCAGGCUUCAAAGGGUUUGGACUAGAAGGGGUGCCAGAAAAGCGGCUGACAGAUCCUGGGUUGAGUAGUUUGAGUGCCCUGAGUACGCAAGUGGCCAAUCUUCCUAAUACUGUUCAACACAUGCUACUUUCCGAUGCACUGACACCUCAGAAGAAGACCUCCAAGAGGCCUUCUUCAUCUUCUAAGAAAGCAGACAGCUGCACAAACUCCGAAGGCUCCUCACAGGCUGAAGAACAACUGAAGUCCCCUAUGGCAGAGUCGCUGGAUGGAGGCUGCUCCAGCAGUUCCGAGGAUCAAGGUGAGAGGGUGAGGCAGCUAAGUGGCCAGAGCACCAGUUCUGACACCACCUACAAGGGUGGAGCCUCAGAGAAAGCAGGCUCCUCACCAGCACAAGUCACUCAGAAUGAAGCCCCCAGACUCAGUGCCAGUCCUGUAGCCAGAGAAGAGACCGCCUCACCAGGUGCUAAGGACAUGCCAUUGUCAUCUGAGGGCAACCCAAAAGUCAGUGAGAAGACAGUUGGGGUGAUUGUCUCCCGGGAAGCUAUGACAAGUCGGGUAGAAAAACCUGGUGGGCAAGAAAAAGGCUCCCAAGAGGAUGAUCCUGCAGCCACUCAGAGGCCACCCAGCACUGGCGGGGGAAAGGAAACCAGUCAUGCGUCACUUCCACAGCCAGAGCCUCCGGGAGGAGGAAAUAAAGGAAACAAAAAUGGAGAUAAUAACUCCAACCACAAUGGAGAAGGAAACGGCCAGAGCGGGCACUCCACAGGGGGCUCUGGUUUUAUAGGCAGAACUGAGCCUAGCAAAUCUCCUGGAAGCUUGCGCUAUAGUUACAAGGAUAGCUUUGGGCCAGCCGUGCCAAGAAAUGUCAGUGGCUUUCCUCAGUUUCCUACAGGACAAGAUAAGGGGGACUUCACUAGCCAUGGGGAGCGAAAGGGUAGGAAUGAAAAGUUCCCUAGCCUCCUGCAGGAAGUGCUUCAGGGUUACCACCACCACCCUGACAGGAGAUAUUCUAGGAGUACUCAGGAGCACCAGGGCAUGGCUGGUGGCCUAGAAGGAGCCACAAGGCCUAAUGUGUUAGUUAGUCAAACCAAUGAAUUAGCUAGCAGGGGCCUUUUGAACAAAAGCAUUGGUUCCCUAUUAGAAAAUCCCCACUGGGGCCCCUGGGAAAGGAAAUCAAGUGGCUCGGCUCCUGAAAUGAAACAGAUCAAUUUGGCUGACUAUCCAAUUCCCAGAAAGUUUGAAAUAGAGCCUCAGUCAUCAGCCCAUGAGCCCGGGGGUUCCCUCUCUGAAAGAAGAUCAGUGAUCUGUGAUAUUUCUCCACUAAGACAGAUUGUCAGAGACCCGGGGGCUCACUCACUGGGACACAUGGGUGCCGACACCAGACUUGGGAGGAAUGAACGUCUCAAUCCAAGUUUAAGUCAGUCGGUCAUUCUUCCAGGUGGGUUGGUGUCCAUGGAAACAAAGCUGAAAUCGCAGAGUGGGCAGAUAAAAGAGGAAGACUUUGAACAAUCCAAGUCCCAAGCUAGUUUCAACAACAAGAAAUCUGGAGACCACUGCCACCCUGCUAGCAUCAAGCAUGAGUCUUACCGAGGCAACGCCAGCCCUGGAGCAGCUACCCAUGAUUCCAUCUCAGACUAUGGCCCACAGGACGGCAGACCCACGCCAAUGCGGCGAGUCCCUGGCCGAGUUGGUGGUCGGGAGGGCAUGAGGGGUCGUUCCCCUUCUCAGUAUCAUGACUUUUCAGAAAAAUUGAAGAUGUCUCCUGGGAGGAGCAGAGGCCCAGGGGGAGACCCUCAUCACAUAAACCCACAUAUGACCUUUUCAGAGAGGGCCAACAGGAGUUCUUUGCACACUCCCUUUUCUCCCAACUCAGAAAGCCUGGCCUCUGCUUAUCACACAAACACUCGCGCUCAUGCUUAUGGGGACCCCAAUGCAGGUUUGAAUUCUCAGCUCCAUUACAAGAGACAGAUGUACCAACAGCAACAAGAGGAAUAUAAGGACUGGAGCAGCAGUUCUGCUCAGGGAGUGAUCGCUGCGGCUCAGCACAGGCAGGAAGGACCCCGCAAGAGUCCAAGGCAGCAGCAGUUUCUUGACCGAGUACGGAGCCCCCUGAAGAAUGACAAAGAUGGCAUGAUGUAUGGCCCACCGAUGGGGACUUACCAUGACCCCAGCGGUCAGGAUGGUGGGCGCUGCCUCAUGUCUAGUGAUGGUCUUUCUAACAAAGGCAUCGAAUUGAAGCACGGCUCCCAGAAGUUACAACAAGAAUCUUGUUGGGAUCUUUCUCGGCAAACUUCUCCAGCCAAAAGCGGCGGUCCUCCAGGAAUGUCCAGUCAGAAAAGGUAUGGACCACCCCAUGAGACCGACGGACAUGGGCUAGCUGAGUCUACACAGUCAUCCAAACCUAGUAAUGUUAUGCUAAGGCUUCCAGGUCAAGAGGAUCAUUCUUCUCAAAACCCCUUAAUCAUGAGGAGGCGUGUCCGUUCUUUUAUCUCUCCCAUUCCCAGUAAGAGACAGUCACAAGAUGUGAAGAACAGUAACGCUGAAGAUAAAGGGCGCCUCCUUCACCCAUCAAAAGAAGGUGCUGAUAAAGCCUUCAAUUCCUAUGCCCAUCUUUCUCACAGCCAGGAGAUCAAGUCCAUCCCUAAGAGAGAAUCCUCCAAGGACCUUCCAAGUCCAGAUGGUAGAAACUGCCCUGCUGUUACCCUCACAAGUCCUGCCAAGACCAAAAUACUGCCCCCACGGAAAGGACGGGGGUUGAAAUUGGAAGCUAUCGUUCAGAAGAUCACAUCCCCAAACAUUAGGAGGAGUGCAUCCUCGAACAGUGCGGAGGCUGCGGUAGACACGGUUACUCUGGAUGACAUCCUGUCUUUGAAGAGCGGCCCUCCCGAAGGCGGGAGUGGUGCUGUUCAGGAUGCCGAGAUGGAGAAGAGAAAAGGUGAGGUGGUGUCUGACCUAGUCUGUCCAACAAACCAGGAGUUGAGCGUAGAAAAGCCUCUUGCACGAUCUUCGGAGGAGUGGCGUGGCAGUGGGGAUGACAAAGUGAAGACCGAGACACACCCAGACACGGCCACUGCUGGAAAGGAACCUCCUGGUGCCAUGACAUCCGCAACCUCACAGAAGCCUGGGAGUAACCAAGGGAGACCAGAUGGUUCCCUGGGUGGGACAGCACCUUUAAUCUUUCCUGACUCAAAGAAUGUACCUCCAGCGGGCUCAUUCGCUCCUGAGGCAAACCCCAAGGCUGAAGAGAAAGAGAACGAUACAGUGACCAUUUCCCCCAAACAGGAGGGUUUCCCCCCAAAGGGUUAUUUCCCAUCAGGAAAGAAGAAGGGGAGACCCAUUGGUAGUGUGAAUAAGCAAAAGAAACAACAGCAGCCACCACCUCCACCCCCUCAGCCCCCCCAGAUACCAGAAGGUUCUGCAGAUGGAGAGCCAAAGCCAAAAAAGCAGAGGCAAAGGAGGGAGAGAAGGAAGCCUGGGGCGCAGCCAAGGAAGCGGAAAACCAAACAAGCAGUUCCCAUCGUAGAGCCCCAAGAACCUGAGAUCAAGCUGAAGUAUGCCACUCAGCCACUGGAUAAAACUGAUGCCAAGAACAAGUCUUUUUUCCCUUAUAUCCAUGUAGUAAACAAGUGUGAACUUGGAGCCGUUUGUACAAUCAUCAAUGCUGAGGAAGAAGAACAGACCAAAUUGGUGAGGGGUCGGAAGGGUCAGAGGUCCCUGACCCCUCCACCCAGCAGCACUGAAAGCAAGGUGCUCCCAGCUUCAUCCUUUAUGCUGCAGGGACCUGUCGUGACAGAGUCUUCUGUUAUGGGGCACCUGGUGUGCUGUCUGUGUGGCAAGUGGGCCAGUUACCGCAACAUGGGCGACCUCUUUGGACCCUUUUAUCCCCAAGAUUAUGCAGCCACUCUCCCCAAGAAUCCGCCUCCUAAGAGGGCCACGGAAAUGCAGAGCAAAGUUAAGGUACGGCACAAAAGCGCUUCAAAUGGCUCCAAGACGGACACUGAGGAGGAGGAAGAGCAGCAGCAGCAGAAGGAGCAGAGGAGCCUGGCCGCCCACCCCAGGUUUAAGCGGCGACACCGCUCGGAAGACUGUGGCGGAGGCCCCCGGUCCCUGUCCAGGGGGCUCCCUUGUAAAAAAGCAACCACCGAGGGCAGCAGCGAAAAGACUGUUUUGGACUCAAAGCCCUCCGUGCCCACCACUUCAGAAGGUGGCCCCGAGUUGGAGUUACAAAUCCCUGAACUACCUCUUGACAGCAAUGAAUUUUGGGUCCAUGAGGGUUGUAUUCUCUGGGCCAAUGGAAUCUACCUGGUCUGCGGCAGGCUCUAUGGCCUGCAGGAAGCGCUGGAAAUAGCCAGAGAGAUGAAAUGUUCCCACUGCCAGGAGGCAGGCGCCACCUUGGGCUGCUACAACAAAGGCUGCUCCUUCCGUUACCAUUACCCGUGUGCCAUUGACGCAGAUUGUUUGCUCCAUGAGGAGAACUUCUCGGUGAGGUGCCCCAAGCACAAGCCUCCCCUCCCGUGCCCUCUCCCCGCCUUGCAGAACAAGACAGCGAAAGGCAGCCUCAGCACAGAGCAGUCGGAGCGGGGGUGAGGGGGGCAGUGUGCUCGUGGGAAUGGAAAGUACAGCAAGCACAGGUGAGUCGGGGCCGCCGCCCCUGCCAGACUGCAAGGGGGUGUCGGGCCGCUGCCUCCUGCUCACCCCAGGCCAGGCUGCCCCACCAGCAUUUAAUCGCGUGGACUGCCAGCGCCAGGUGGAUACCAUGUCUUUCCAUCUGUUGCUCAGCUCCCCAGAAUACGUGUGGAAAGGUGGCGUGGGGCUUUAAAUUGGUCCCAUCCUCCGCCGGGGUUCAGGCCUUGUGUGUGGAGUCCCCAGGGGCAGAACGCAGCUGGCUUCGGGACAGAGCCUCUGGGGGGGUGGCUCUCCUGCUGGCAGCCCUCACUCUUGCCCUGUCUCAGAAAGGCUUCUUGCCAGAGGCCUCUUCUUAAUUUACUUAACAUCUCUAAAGCUUAUGAUGGGUUCUCCUUUGAAAAACAAAAAAUACCCCAAGUUUUGUUUUUUGAAAUCUUUUUUUUCCCCCAGGUCUAUGAAGGAUUCCUUUUCCUAGAAGUACAAAGGGAAGGAAAAUCCCCUCAACGAUUUAGUAGACUUUAGCAUCCCAUUUAACUUUACUUUUAAAAAUCUCAGGAGGUUGAGUUGUGCUUUUUGUGAGUGUGUCUGGGGGCUCGUGGUCUGGGCUGGCAGCAUGUGCCUGUGAGAGCAGGAUUAUGGGACUUGGGUCUCUAGAAGCAGCAGGCCUGCAGUGCUCCCAUUGCCUUCCUCACCCGCCCCGUCCUCACUGAGCAAAACAGAUCAUGAGAAGAAAAAACAAAAUGUAACUUGGGGCACUUGCUUCUACAGGAUGGGGUGGGGGGCUAGUUGUCUCAGAACUGUUCGUUAAGGGAUUAUUUCUCUGCAAGUGAGGGCGUCUGUGUUUACUCCAGACGGCUGAGACCCACACAGGUGUGCUAGGCCUGGCUCUCUGGGACAGCAAGCCCAUGUGCCUGAGUCUCUGUGGAAUGUCCCCUCCCCCUUGUUACAAGUCGGGGUGGGGGGUGUCUGCCUUUCUCUGGAAUGCCUAACAGUACUUUGAGGAAGAAACAGAAUUCACCUCAGAAUGUGGCAGUUUUCAUCUGGGAAGUCGUCUGUUUCUUAGGUGGGUCCCGGUACUGACCUCCAGAGAAGGCCCCUGUGCUGAGUGCUGAGUGUCUGGGGCCGGUGGGGGUUACAGUGCUUCCUGAGGGGCUGUCGAGUGAGGACUUUGCACUCACACUUUUCUGUCUUGCUCUUCCAGGGAGUAG